AUGUCACCCACGAUCAUCAGCCUGGUGUGUCUUGAGUUCUCCUUGGUCCAGAGGAUCUGGGCACAAGUGGGAGGUCAGGACAAGCCCUCCUUAUCUGCCUGGCCAAGCCCUGUAGUUCUGCAAGGACAGUAUGUGAAUCUUCGGUGUCACUCCCGUCUUGGGUUUGACAGAUUCAGACUGGACAAGGAUGAUGGAGCCCACGUCCCUGAGCUCCGGGACCUAAUAUUCCAGAACAGCUUCCUCCUGGGCCCUGUGACCCCAGCACAUGCGGGGACCUACAAAUGUCAUGGUUCUUACAGGCGCUCCCCCUCUGUGUGGUCAGCACCCAGUGACCCCCUGGUCAUUGUGGUCACAGGAGUCUCCAGAAAACCUUCCCUCUUGGCCCAGCCGGGUCCCCUGGUGCAAUUGGGACGAUAUGUGACCCUGCAGUGUUGCUCAGAGAUUGUGUUUGACAGCUUCAUUCUGCACAGAGAGGGGGUAAUGGAGAACCCCUUGUACCUUAUUGGGGAGCCCCAUAGUGGGGGCUCCUAUGCCAACUUCCCCGUGGGUCCCAUGACGACUGCCCAAGCAGGGACCUACAGAUGCUUCGGUUCUAUCAAUUACUCCUCCCAUGAGUGGUCGACCCCCAGUGACCCCCUGCACAUCAUGAUCACAGGACUAUACAAGAAACCUUCUCUCUUAGCCGGGCUGAGCCCCGUGGUGAGGUUAGGGGAGAAUGUGACCCUGUUCUGCAGCUCUGAGAGCUCAUUUGAUGUGUACCAUCUAUGCAGGGAGGGGGAGGCCCGUGAAUGCUGGCUUGCUGGAGGACAGAGCCAUAAUGGCACAUUCCAGGCCAUCUUCCCUCUGGGCCCUGCGACCCCAGCCCACAACGGGACCUAUAGAUGCUACAGCUCUUUCAAUGUCUCUCCCUAUGAGUGGUCAGACCCAAGUGACCCACUGCACCUUUCUGUCACAGGAAACUCUUCAAGUAGUUGGCUUCUACCCACAGAACCAAGCUUUGACACUGGAAUCUACAGCAAACCCACCCUCUCAGCCCUGCUGAGCCCUAUGGUGCCCUCCUGUGUAUCUAGGGAGCCCUCACUCCUGACCCAGGAGGGCCCUGUUGUGGCCUCUGGACAGAAGCUGACCCUCCAGGGUCACUCUGAUGUCGGCUAUGACAGGGCCGUGCCCCUGUUCUUUCUGCGUCAAAUCCUCCAGCACCAGUGGAUCAUUCUUGACAUAACUUGUGUCCAAGGACUCAAAUGGUCCCUGAGUGCUCUGAUCUCGGUCUUGUUGGCCUUCGUCCUGCUGUUCUUCCUCCUUCACUUCCACCUUUUCCUCCGACACCAGCUUCAGGGCAAACACAGGACCUCAGAUGCUGCCGUGAAGGACACACAGCCUGAGGAGGGGGUGGAUCUGGACCAUCGGCAGAGCCCCCAUGAUGAAGACCCCCAGGGAGUGACAAACACCCAGGUGAACCUCUCAAGAUCAAGACUCAGGCAGGGAGUGGCCACCUCUCCUUCCCCCCUGUCAGAGGAAUCACUGGACAUGAAGGACAGACAAACAGAAGAGGACAGACAGAUGGACAGACAGGCUACUGCAUCUGAAGACCCCCAGGAAGUGACCUACGCCCAGCUGAACAGCUUGACCCUCAGGCGGGAGACAACACCCCCUUCCUCCCAGUCAGAGGAGCCCCCAGCAGAGCCCAGCGUGUAUGCUGCUCUGGCCAUCCACUAGCCCAGGAAGGACCCAGAGCCCCACCCUCUGGGGACGAAGGCUGCAGGGACCCCAGAAGGCACAGGAGCUGCCCCCAGUGGACACCUCCUAAUGACCCCCAGCCAGCCUGGACUCCUAAGGUGAGCCACCAGGAGCUUCUGCAACACUUUAGGAGUCACCCGAUUCUGUGACCAAAGAUAACUAAUAUCCUCACAUUUUGGAAAUAAAGCAGCAGACUUCUCAGUAAUCCAUGAGUGAAAUAAGAAAUCCAAAACCAAAGUGAGAGAAUAUUUUAAACUGAAUGAUAAUAUAAAUAACACAUAUGAAAUCUAUA